AGAGCCCAACAAAAACAUCGCAAUACACAACAGUGAUUGGGAAACACCCUCCCCUCCCCUGACUUCAAAGAUAAUCGUGCUCUUCUCUUUUCUUCCUUGACGACGCCAUAGACACCAAGAAGAUACCUUGUGGUUCCUUGCUUCUUGCAAUUUCUUUGCUUGCUUUCCCUGCUGGUCAAAGAACGCCCACGCAGAACCCUUCAUUUGCUUUCCGCCACCAGCCGCCAGGGCCUUGUGCUUGAGCAGCGACAUUGUGCAUGAGCGCGGUCUGAAUCGUUGUCCAAGCUACGAUUCACAAUUUGGACUUGACACGUACGAUUCUGACAUUGAAUCGAACAUUUUGAGGCAUGUGUGAUUCAAGCCAACGAUUUGAAUCAAAGACGCCCGGACUCGUAUCGACUCGCAUGAUUUACGAUUCGGAAUCGCAGAUUCGACUACCUUGUGACGAACGACAAUAGCUGUGGUGACGUUUUGGGCUUUCACCUGCUCUCUUGCCUGCCACCCCAACUGAAUCUGCGAUCCAAUCACCUCGCCUAUGGCCGUCGAGGACAGGUGGUGCGUCGUCACCGGAGGUCGCGGCUUCGCCGCCCGCCACCUGGUGGAAAUGUUGAUCCAAGACAACACCUACUUCGUUCGCAUCGCGGAUCUCGGAGCCACUAUCGAACUCGAACCGUCCGAACAACUCGGGACUCUAAGCCAAGCCUUGAGCUCUGGUCGCGCCCAAUACGUCUCUCUCGAUCUUCGUGAUAAGGAACACGUCCUCAAAGCAUUGGAAGGUUGUGAGGUUGUUUUCCACAUGGCUGCUCCAAACUCAUCCAUUAACAACUAUCAGCUUCAUCAUUCUGUCAAUGUCCAAGGAACACAGAAUGUCAUUGAUGCUUGUGUUCAACUUAGAGUGAAGCGGCUUGUUUACACCAGCUCAUCUAGUGUUGUAUUUGACGGCGUUCAUGGAAUUCAUAAUGGAAAGGAAUCAAUGCCCUAUCCACCUAAGCAUAAUGAUCAUUAUUCUGCUACCAAAGCUCAGGGUGAGGCAUUGGUUUUGAAGGCUAAUGGAACUAGUGGGAUCCUGACCUGCUCGCUACGUCCUAGUAGCAUUUUCGGGCCUGGUGAUAGACUGAUGGUGCCUUCGUCAGUUGAUGCUGCCAAGGCAGGGAAAACUAAGUUCAUUAUUGGUGAUGGCAAUAACAUGUAUGAUUUCACUUAUGUUGGAAAUGUGGCUCAUUCCCAUUUAUGUGCUGACCGAGCUCUAGCUUCAGAGGGGGAAGUUUCAAAAAAAGCUGCAGGAGAGGCAUAUUUCAUAACAAAUAUGGAACCUAUAAAAUUUUGGGAAUUCAUGUCACUUAUUCUAGAAGGUCUUGGAUAUGAAAGGCCAAGAAUAAAGAUCCCUGCCUUUGUUCUCAUGCCAGUUGCACUAUUGGUGGAGUAUACAUAUAAGCUGCUAGGUCCAUAUGGUAUGAAGGUGCCUCAGUUAACACCUUCAAGAGUAAGACUCCUAUCUUGCAACAGAACUUUUGAUUGCUCAAAAGCAAAGGAGCGCCUUGGAUAUGAACCCAUUGUAACACUAAAGGAGGGUUUGCGGAGGACGAUUGAUUCAUUUUCACACUUGAGGGCUGAAAAUCAACUCAAGCCCAAAAGAGAAGGUCCCUCGAAAGCUUCAGUAUAUCUUGGGAGUGGAAGAGUUGCUGACACAUUACUUUGGAAGGAUAGAAAGCGAACGAUCACCACAUUGUUAGUCUUGAUUGCAAUAUACUUAAGCUUCAUUGAACCCGGGAAUACUUUCAUUACUGCUCUUUCAAAGCUUCUGUUGUUCGUAUCGAUCUUUUUAUUCAUUCAUGGGAUUCUACCGGCAAAAGUAUGGGGGUACACUGUUCAGAAAAUGCCCAAAUCCUGGUUUCACUUAUCAGAAGACAUGUCACAUCAACUUGCCGUCUCUGUGGUAUCAGUAUGGAAUAUUCCUAUGAAUGUUUUGAAAUCCCUUGCACAAGGGACCGAGUGGAUGCUAUUCUUUAAGGUUGUUUUCUCUUUGCUCCUUCUUAGCUUCUUUGGUGCAUUUUCACUUCAGAACUUAUAUAAGAUAGGACUUACCACUGCAUUUAUUGCUUUCUACAUUUAUGAAAAGAAGGAGGAAGAAAUUGAUGACUUAUUCAUAAAAGCACUUUCUUUUGGAUGCAAAUUGAAAUCUGAUGCCAUAAGUAAGUUCCUUCCUUCUAAGAAGAGUGAGUGAUAGCUUGUAACCCCUAGUUUUUUCUUGGAUAAGGGGGAUGAGCACUAUCUCAAGUUGUGUAUGCUGUGGACUGUAUAAUACUGGGAUUUUUUAUUUAUAUUCAAUUAAUCUAUAAAAUUUUAGUAUUUAUUUGUUAAAAAUUCUUAAGCUGGUUUGGAAUUCAAAAUUACAAAGCGUAGCAAUUUCUCUACUAGAGACAUGAUGUAGCAUUCUUGGACUAGAAAAUGCAUAGUUUCUUUGUUUUAA